AAAAGAUUAAGAAUUAAGGCUGUCAGCCAGAGCUGAGAAAGAGGGACAAGGAGCUCAGAUCCUCUAGGGAGGAAAGACCCUUUCCUCAAUAAGACCAUGGGAGAGAGGGGCAGAUCAGAGUAUGAGGGAGAGACUAGAACUAAAAAGACAUUGUGUCAGGAAGAUGGGAAAAAAGGACCUGGGGCCGUGGUCUAGAGGGCAGAUGCUGAAUCAGCUGAAGUCACUCGGUUUGAUGAGAGAACAAUAUGGGUAGUUGCCUAGCACUGCCCCCUUUCCUGCCCACCAGGGAAUAGGGAGCAGGAUGGGAGAAAACUGAGACCAUUUUUUAAACUUUGCCUCAUGUACUAUCUGCCUGUGAGACACUAGCCUGGCAGACAAGACACAGAGAGCCUGAAAGGACCAGAUCCUGCCAGGUGUGAACACCACAAGGCCCGGUUGUCAUGCUGUGCAGUUAACAGCAGCAUCUCAGAUACCCAAGCCCAAGACCCCUGAAGGCUGACCCAUCCUUGGAACCCCCCGACUGUUGGUGACUGGGAAUCAUGUGGGACCCUGUGAGCAGCCAAUAUAGCUCCUUCCUUUUCUGGAGGAUGCCCAUUCCCGAACUGGAUCUGUCUGAGUUGGAGGGCCUAGGUCUGCUGGACAUGUCCACCUAUAAGACCCGAAACAACAGCAACAAUGGGAAUCUGUCUGAGAAGCCAAGUGAAGCUGUGCAGCAGAAACAUCCUGAAAGCGAUCCCCUUCUCGAAUACAGCACCUUCAACUUCUGGAGAGCUCCUAUUGCCAGCAUCCACUCCUUUGAGUUGGACUUGAUUUAAGGCUAAAACCUUUUUUCUCCCUAUUACCAUUUCUGUAUUUUCGUUUUCUUUGGCCCCUUCCUAUCAACACUUCUCUUUGGCUCUGCUUUCCUUCAUUCAUUGUGUUAAGGUGGUGCUAAAAGAAUCUGCCAUGGAAUGGCUAUUUAUUUAUUGUUAUUUAUUUCCCUCUGGACUGUACUACCCUAUGCACCCCUUUUCCCUAUGAAGUCCCUCAAAUCACUUUGGAAGAGGUAUGGUUCUUCACAGGAAAUGUCUUAGGUACCCAAAUUCCUUUGGCUCCUCAAACUAAUUGGGGGAUAGGUACAAACCAGCCUGGCUCAGAGUCAGAGUAGAAUGGUAGUAAGAGGUAUAGUAAAUUAAUUCUUGGUUUCAUUGUUACCAACUUUAUAGACAGUUUACUAGCCUUUCUUACUCUCCUAGAUCAGUUAGCAUGGUUGGCUUUCUCACCAAUCACCGAACAUUCUGGGAUUUUUUAUUUGGGAUUGUCUGCUAUAAAAAGGUAAUAAAAAGUGUAAAAAAAUAAUAAAAUAAGCAAGUGUCUUCCCAGGCAAAUAAGUAAAAGAUGAAGACUUUUAAGUCCUCAGGUAAUAGAUGAUGAAAAAAAUUGGAGCCAAUGAUGAAAAUUCAAAGAAUUUAAGAAAUAAUUUGGUUUUCUCCAAUUUUUAUAUGCCUCUCUAUUUCCCACUUAAGCAAAUUUUGAAAUAAUGAAACCCCCCCUUCAAUGGAGCUAUUUUCUUUUGCUCAGCUUUGUUCUUAAUUGAAGGCAAUGAGUAGAAAUAUAGCAAGUUCUCUCACUAAGAAAAAACAACACUCAAAUUCUAAGCUUUUGAACUUUUAUUUUGCUAUUUCUGACAAUUUUUCACCUCUUGUUCUUAGCUUCAUUCCCUUGACUUGUAGUCUCCAAGAUCUUACUUAGUUUCAACCCUUUGGAAAUUAUCAGCCCAGCAGCGUUUAAUGGUUCAUGUACCUUGAGGACAUAAUGUGAGAUGAUCAAUACCUUCUCCACAUCCUGACACUCUUGACCACACUUAUCUUUGCGAGUUCUCCCCUCUUCCCCCAGCAACUGCUGCCCAUUUGUGCUGACAUUUCCUCACACUCAUUGAAUAAAGCUGUUUAAUCCCA